UCAUAAUUUGAGCUUCCCACAAAGCCCGAUGAGCUCCAAGGUUAUCAUCGUUACCGGCGCAUCGAGGGGAAUAGGCCUAGCAGUCGUCAAGAUUCUUCUUGACUCGAAAGGGGCCAAUGUUGUGGCGGCAUCUCGCACGAUCACCCCAGAACUUCAAAGUCUAGCGGACGCGCACCCGAACUCGUUGAAGGUGGUCCAAGGGGAUUUGGCCAAUGCUUCGGUCAGCCUUCAGACGGUAUCGGAAGCUAUUUCCGCUUUCGAACGCCUCGAUGGCAUUGUUUUCAAUGCUGGAAUCCUUGAACCUUUGGGCCGAAUUGCAUCAAAGGAUAUCUCAGUCGAUUCAUGGAAAUCUCUCUUUGAUAUCAACUUCUUCGCUGUCGUCCAAAUGCUCAAAGAUGGCAUCCCAUAUCUUCGCGAGAGGAAAGGAAAAGUUGUUCUCGUUAGCAGCGGGCUUGCAAACGGUAAAUUGGCUAGUGCAGCACCGUACUCGGCGAGCAAGGCAGCACUGAACUCUCUUGCAAGGACGCUCGCCAACGAAGAGAAGGAAAUUACUUCCAUAGCCCUCAGGCCAGGUGUAGUUGAUACUGGGAUGCAAACAGCUCUUAGAAAUGAGGGACCCGGAAAGGCUGCAAUGCUAGAACACGAGCUCACUCGUUUCUUUGAUCUUCACGCGACAGGAAAGCUGCUUAAGCCUGAACAACCUGCUGAGGUCAUUGCUGGUUUAGUUUUACAUGCACCACAUGAAUUAUCGGGUCGGUUUGUAAGCUGGGACUCCGACGACCUCGAACCUUUCAGGACGAGUCUUUAGAGUAGCUGCCAGAAUGCAUUAGGCUAGCACUAAUGUCGUGAGGUCCGGUGCCUUAUGUAAUCAAUCAUGAAUAACACAACAAAGUCGAACCGAC